AUGGUGUUUUGCAAGUUUGCAAGAGUUGGGCUGUGCGUGGUGCUUUCCUUAUUUUUAUACUCUGUUGAGUGUACAACUACGAGGUAUUUCACAUACGAAGAGGAUGCACCCGGGACGGAGAUAGGAAAUCUGUCCGAAGAUUUAAAGAUUGAUCCAGCCGAUGACCCCGACACAUCGUUCCGCUUCAUGCAAGAAAACAACUCUUCUGUGAUUGAAAUGAGGGAGAUCGACGGACUUCUGAGUGUGGCAGAAAUAAUUGACAGAGAACAGCUCUGCCCGAGAUCUCCGCGCUGCUUCAUCACCUUCGACGUUGUGGCCUUCUCCAAAGAAAAGUUUCAACUCAUCCACGUGGAGAUCGAGGUAAAAGACAUCAAUGAUCACUUUCCUCAUUUUCUGCGCAACGAGACACAGCUGGAGAUAGUGGAGAAUGUCCCGCUGGACUCAAGAUUCCCUCUGCAGAUUGCUCUCGACCAGGACGUGGGUAAAAACUACAUUCAGAGCUACAACAUUUCCCCCUCUAGCCAUUUUGCCAUUGAAGUGCGCGAUCGGGAUGAUGGAGUGAAGUUUGCUGAGCUGGUGCUGGUGAGGGACCUCGACAGGGAGGUGGAGGACUCCUACACAAUCGAAGUCACUGCAACUGACGGAGGGGUGCCUGCAAAGUCCGGCUCAAUGAUAGUGAACAUCAGCGUGCUGGACUUUAAUGACAACAGCCCCGCAUUUGAACACAGCUCGCUGAAAGUUGAGUUAGAUGAAGACUCCCCGGUGGGCCACCGAGUUCUCAAAGUGCACGCUUUCGACCCCGACGACGGUGUUAACGGUGAGGUGACAUACGCGUUUGCUGACGGGCUAUCACCAGAAGCUGGACGCCUUUUCCACAUCGACCCUUAUUCCGGGGACGUGACCUUGAAGGCGGUGGUUGAUUUUGAGAAAAAGAGGUCAUACGAACUGAACAUUAAAGCCUCAGAUUUUGGCGCGAACUCUGUCCCAUCCGGCUGCAAAGUUACGAUAGACAUCGUGGACGUGAAUGACAAUGCACCUGAAAUUAGUAUCAAACCGAUGACUUCCAGCAGUGAUGGAGUCGCCUACAUCACAGAAGCUGCAGCUGCGGAGAGCUUCGUUGCUCUGAUCAGCACCUCGGACAGAGACUCUGGUUCCAACGGGUACGUGCGCAUCAGCCUGCUGGGGCACGAGCAUUUCACCCUCCAGCAGGCAUAUGGGGACUCUUUCAUGAUAAUUACCAGCACUACUUUAGACAGAGAGAAGAUCCCAGAGUAUAACCUGACUGUGAUUGCAGAGGAUCUGGGAAGUCCACCCUUCAAAACUGUCAGACAGUACACCAUCCGUGUCACAGAUGAGAAUGACAACCCCCCUCUCUUCAGUAAGUCACUUUUUGAAGUUUCAGUCCUAGAAAAUAACAUCCCAGGUUCAUAUGUUACCACUGUCGUUGCUCGAGAUCCUGAUGUAGGACAGAAUGCCAAAGUCUCAUACAAACUCAUAGAUUCAGAGGUGCCAGGAGGAUCUCUGGUGUCCACAUAUGUUUCUGUGGAUUCACUGUCAGGGUCUUUGUACACUUUGAGGUCUUUUGAUUUUGAGACUCUACAGCAGAUUGAGCUGGUUAUCCAAGCUGAAGACAGAGGUUCCCCCUCUCUUUCAAGCACAUCAACCAUUAGGAUUAAAGUGGUGGAUCUGAAUGACAAUUAUCCAUACUUCACCUUCCCUGUCCUUGUGAACGACUCUGUUGAUAUUCCCUUGCCUUUUAAUGCGCCGGCUGGCUGUCUUGCCCUUCGCGUCUCAGCUGAAGACGAGGAUGAGGGAGUGAACGGCGAGCUCCACUACCAAAUUGUACAAGGUGACCCGCAGCUUUUCACAAUGAACAAAGACACGGGAGAAAUUGCUUUAAAACAAUGGCUGACAUCUGAAAUUGGAGACGUGCUGGAAAUGAAAAUUGCCGUGAGUGACAAAGGCAGGUCCUCGCUCUCUAGCAGUGCCACCUUAAGGUUUAUUGUCUCAGACACACAGCCCUCUGAAGACCAAGUUGUCAUUGUGUUAGGGUCAAGUGAUGAAGAAGGCACCAGCUUUGAUGGCUCGCUAAUUGUCAUUAUUAUGCUCAGUGGUGGCUGCGCAUUGUUGUUGAUUGCAAUAGUGGUUGUUGUUGUGACGUGCAAACUCAGCAAUGGGGGGAGAAAGCGUGGCUCCAAGAGAGACGUGUGUAGCAGCAUUUUUGACGGAAGGCCCAUUCCCAUGCUCGGCUCGACAGAACCAAACAUAUACACCGGACCACGAGGCUUCUUCCAUGAGAGAACCCCUUCGUCUCUGGACGGUUCCUGCCUGUAUGAGGAGAGGAGCGGGGACUCUGACACAAAGAUGUUCCUGCCCUCCAAGCAUUUCCAAACAACAUCUGUGUGGCAAAGUGACAAAUACUGCUUGCAAGUGAGUGGCAUUGGCACAAGCGACCAGCUGAGCGUGAAGGACAGCGGCAAAGGGGACAGUGACUUUAACGACAGUGACUCUGAUAUCAGUGGCGACGGAGGCAAAAAGAACUUCAGCACCUUCCAGCCAAGGCUAAAAACUUCAUCCAGCACUGCUAACAGCUUUUCUGGGGAUUGCCAAGGCACAUACUGUGCACCAACGCAGAGCUUCAGAGACACCGGAGACAAUGCAUACACAAUAGGCUUCAGUUCUCAUGGCUAUCCCCACUUUUGGAAGGACUCUGUUUAUGGCACAAAUCGGCCAAAAUCAAGGUGCAGCAUGCAGACUUUCUCCAGGACCGGGACCCUCCCUUCCUACUUCCCUCAGCAGCAGUGUGAGGCGGGUCUUGGAGGUGCUGAAAUCCAAAACCAGAGUCCAAAUAUUGUAACUGUAGCUACAGCAUUAGAGGUUGCAACCAUCUUUUAGAACGUGUGUUGGUAAGGUAAAUGAGAUGUACCUGGAAGAUGUAAAUAUGUGUA